AUGACUGAGACCCCAAUGUUACCACUGUUCAACCCAUUGGAUAAAGAUUUAUCAAUCAAGUGGAAGAAACCUGAAAAGAAGAUUUUUUCAAGUGUUGACAUUCCAUUUUUCCAGAAAUCAAGAGCUAUAGCAAAUAUAAAUGGGAUUGUAUCGUUGAUAUGUACCAAAGUUUCGGCAACCAAUGUCCCAGAUGAUGCAUUGGAAUCAAAGUAUGUUGAAUUUGAGAAAAAGAAUAGCCAUAUUACAAAUACGAAUCAACAGAAGAAUUAUUCACUUCCUCCGAAAUUUGUAAAAGAGUUACCACUAGGUCUUGUCAGUCAGGCAAUUGUUCAGAUAUUAGACGAAUUGAAAAAUAUCAUGUCAGAUACACCACCAAUAAACGGUCCCAAGAGAUAUGGGAAUUUAGCGUAUUCACAAUGGUUUAAGAAAGUAGACCUAGAAAUUGAUCGGAUUUUGGAUGACACAGUAGGGAAACUAAUACACACAUUGAAUUAUACCGGUUUUAAAGAUGAACUACGCUAUUAUAUAAUGGGAUCCUUUGGUUCUUAUAUAAGGUUAGAUUACGGGACCGGUCAUGAAUUAUCUUACAUUGCAUUUUUAGGUUGCCUUACAAUGAUUGGCAUUAUUGAUAGGGAGAAAUUCACAGGAAGUGAAUGGCUAUUUGUUCUUGCAAAAUACUAUGAUCUUAUCAAAGCUUUAAUUUUGCGGUAUACGCUUGAACCAGCGGGAAGUCAUGGAGUCUGGGGGCUAGAUGAUCAUUUCCAUCUUAUAUAUGUUUUUGGAGCUUGCCAAUUGGUAAAUUUUAAAGAAAUAGGUAAUGAUAAAUUUGAUAUGAACGAAGAAAGAGCCAAAAUCCUGAACUUCCGGAUGGGUGUGACUCCGUCUUCGACAACGAACCCCGAAACUUUGAAAAAUUUAAGGCUUAAGAAUUUAUUUUUUAAUGCAAUAUCAUUUAUUAAACUAGUCAAGACAGGGCCCUUUAACGAACAUUCACCAAUAUUGUACGAAAUAUCAGCCACAAGAAGUUGGGAAAAAGUUGCUAGAGGUACGCUUAGAAUGUAUUAUGGUGAAGUACUAUCAAAACAUCCGGUUGUCCAGCAUUUUUACUUUGGUGGUGUAUUUUAUCCAUGGGAAGAUUUACAAGGGAAUGAAUUACCAUCAUCGGGAAGCGAUGAGGAGGAUUAUGAAGAUGGGAAGUCCCAUAUUGACAAAUCUGAUGCAAUAGUUGCAACCACUAAAACUGGCAUGACUAUACGUAAUGAUAGGAAACUUGACAAUAAUACUCGAUUUCAUAUGAACGGUCAUAAUCAGAAUAGGUUUCCAAUGGGUAGUAGUGGUGCUAGUAGUAAAAGAUAA